AUGUCAUCAACAAAAUCUUACGAAUGGAAAAUAUUAGCAUUUGGUCGUGGUCAACAAACAAGCGAAAAAGCUGAAAAACAUUUGCAUUCUCUUGGUUAUAAAAAUGCACGAGUUAUAUCGUUGGAGAAUAAUCAAGAAAAUGAUCAACGUUUAAUAAAAUUAUUGAAGGAAGAAGAAUGGGAUGGCGUUUCAAUUGGUGGUGGCAUUAAUGGCCAUGAUAAAGACUUUCCACAAGAAGAAGAAACACUUCAUUGGUUUAAUCGUUUAUUAAACGUAAUUCAUGAAAAUACAUCAUCGAAAACAAAAAUCAUACUUGUAAGCAAUCCAGCGGAUAUAGAACCAGGACUUCAACGCGUUUUAGGAGGAGGCAACAGAAAAUAA